AAUGUGUUUUGAACUUUUGAUUGGUCGAAUAUAGAACGAGAGGGUCUUUCUUAUUUUCAGACAUGUCCUUUUCGACCUAUUUUUAUGAUCGGCUAAUACUUGUGAUCACGUUUUACGAUUUGUGAAUCCCUCGGUUUUCGUUUCCCUCAUCGACUAUUUCGGGAUAAAUUCAAAUUCGAAUUCUUGUUUUUUUUUCUCACAGAAUUAACGAUGAAUAUUUAAAGUUAUAUCAAUCUCCAUUUGUGAAUAUCUUUGAUGAUGAUCCCACAAGAGCUUGUUACGUUGACCUAAUUUUUUUUUUUUUUACGUAAACUUUCGUUUUUCAGAUUCUCUAUGAAAAGACUAUUCAAUGGCGUUUUCAAACUCAGAAAGGAGAUGGGUUUUUCCUCUGGCAAUGGCUUCUCUCAUGUUCAUAUUCCUCAUAGCUGCAUCCUUCAACAUGGGUCUCCUCUCUUCCGUGCGUUCCAUUAACUCACUCAUCUUCUCAUCAAAUCUACCCUCCACAAACGAAACAACCGUCAGUUUCGUAGAGUCAAAGACCAACAACCACUCCUCUCCUCCUCCUCAUGUACAGUCUAGUCCUCGUUUUGGUUAUCUAGUUUCAGGUUCAAAAGGUGACUUAGAGUCUCUAUGGAGAGUGUUACGAGCAUUGUAUCAUCCGAGAAACCAAUACGUUGUUCAUCUCGAUCUCGAGUCUCCUGCUGAAGAGAGGAUCGAGCUGGCUAAACGCGUGAGAGAAGAUCCUGUGUUUAACGACGUUGGGAAUGUUCACAUGAUCACAAAGGCUAAUCUCGUUACGUAUAGAGGACCAACAAUGGUGGCUAAUACACUUCAUGCAUGCGCCAUUCUAUUGAAGAAAAGUAAAGAUUGGGAUUGGUUUAUCAACCUCAGCGCCUCGGAUUAUCCUCUAGUGACUCAAGAUGAUCUUAUUCAUACAUUCACUGGGCUGGACAGGAACCUCAACUUUAUCGACUACACUAGCAAACUAGGAUGGAAAGCAGAGAAACGAGCAAAGCCUCUGAUCAUAGACCCGGGGCUUUACUCGACGAAGAAAGCAGAUGUCUUCUGGGUUACACCUCGUAGAACCAUGCCAACUGCAUUCAAACUCUUCACUGGCUCUGCUUGGAUGAUCUUAUCACGGUCCUUCGUAGAAUACUGCAUUUGGGGAUGGGACAAUCUUCCACGGACACUUCUAAUGUAUUACACCAACUUCCUCUCCACACCAGAAGGAUACUUCCAGACCGUUAUAUGCAAUACACCAGAGUAUUCGAGCACGGUGGUUAACCACGACCUGCAUUACAUCUCAUGGGACCGUCCUCCGAAACAGCAUCCUCGGACGCUCAACAUCAGCGACACGGAGAGGAUGAUUGCAAGCGGAGCUGUGUUCGCCCGCAAGUUCAAACACAAUGAUCUUGCUUUGGACAAGAUCGAUAUAGAGCUGCUAGGUAGAGGUAGUGGGGACUUUACACCUGGUGGUUGGUGUGCAGACAAACGUAAAUGCUCCAAGGUUGGUGAUCCGUCAAAGAUCAAUCCUGGUCCUGGAGCUAACCGAUUACAGGAGCUCGUUAGCAGACUUGUUUCAACAUCUAAAGUGGAUCAAAGGAAAUGUAGAUAGGCUCUCUCAAUACACUGGCAGCUGAAUGCUUUUAGAGGCUAAUUUUUUUGUUUUUAGAUGUUUCAUGUUUAAUGUGACUAAAAUGUGACUGAAUAAUAUACACCAACU